AUGAAUAACAUGUUCGUCGUCGCCAAACCGCCAUCCGGUGAUGCUUUCAACAAAUUAAUGGCAUUUUUGGAGGAAAAUCGUAUGGAAUUUUCAGUCAGAUGCAGUGAACCAAAUAAGGUUCUAGCAGUCCCAACAUCAUCUCGAGCUUCGGAAAUUAUCGAUUUUCCGACAGCGAAAAAAAUUCGAAAAGAAUCAAAACUAGAUUUUCAAAAAAUCACAUUCAAUCAAAGUGAAAUCAGUGAUAAUCUUGCUGAUAAUGAGCUCAGAAUCCCAAAAGAAGAAUCCAAAGUGUCACCGAUUGCUCAGAUUAAUAAUGAGCAACAUGUAGAUUACAAUGGUUGGUCGCCCGGCGAAGAUUUCCGUGCUUUGAUGGCGACAUGGGACAUGGAUAAGCUCAAGUGUGAAGUGUGUAAGAGAAAAAUGAUGGACCGUGCCUACCCAACCGAAUCCGUCAAACGGACGCAUGAGAAAAUCCAACCAGCCACUCAGCCACCAUUUGUGAAUCGUGGAACUUCCGGUGGAGCUCAACGAUUCAUUCCAAGGAAACAAAAUAAUUGA